AUGGAACAACGAAUUCCUAUUAAGAUAAAGAAAGGUCCAUGGAAAAUUGAAGAAGAUGAACUCUUGAUCAAGCAUGUCGAAGAAUACGGACCCAAAGAUUGGGAUCUUCCUCUUUCAAAAGGACAUCUUCAACGCACGGGAAAAUCAUGUCGUCUUCGGUGGUUGAACAAUUAUCAACCUAAUCUCAAGAAAGGAAUGUUUUCGGAAAUGGAGAAACAAAUGUUGUUUGAUUUACAAGGCAAGUAUGGGAACAAAUGGGCAAAAAUUGCCACACAUUUGCCGGGAAGAUCGGUUUAUCAUGUUAAGAAUGUUUGGUGGAUGAAACUCUCCACAGAUGUGUUGAUGAUCAAAGUUAUACCAGUCAUGAUGGUGUUCAAGUUUGUUGGUGUACUCUCCUAA